GAGAUAAACACGCUGUCCUCACAUCACACCUUUUCGCCCAUUUUCUGCUCGAAUCUCAUCGCCGGCACCGCUCCCGCACGCACACAGCCAUGGAGGAAAUCGCCCCCGAAUACGACGUCGUGGUGCUGGGCACUGGCCUGACGGAAUGCAUUCUGUCCGGCGUCCUGUCCGUCAAGGGCAAGAAAGUGCUGCACAUGGACCGCAAUGACCAUUACGGUGCCGAAGCCGCCUCGCUGAACAUUGAGCAAAUGUUUAAGCGGUAUGGCAACUACAACAAGGGCGAGGAGCCGUGGAAGAAGUACGGACGUGCCAACGACUGGAACAUCGAUCUCGUGCCCAAGUUGCUGAUGAGCAAUGGAGAGCUUACCAACAUCCUCGUGUCCACUGAUGUGACACGGUACAUCGAGUUCAAGCAGGUUGCUGGCAGCUACGUGCAGCAGGGCGCCGCAGCCAAGGCGACUGUCGCCAAAGUGCCCAGCAGUGCUGGUGAGGCGUUGAAGAGCCCGCUGAUGGGACUGUUCGAGAAGAGGCGAGCAAAGAACUUCUUGCAGUGGGUUGGCGAAUUCGAUGAGAGCAACCCAUCCACACACAACGGCAUGAACCUCGCCCAGACCACGAUGAAGCAGGUCUACGACAAGUACGGCCUCGAAGCCACCACUCGCGACUUCAUCGGACACAGCAUGGCCCUCUACCCCACCGACGACUACCAAGAAAAGAAGGGCGAGGCAAAGAACUGCGUCGAGCGCAUUCGAUUGUACGUCAACAGCAUGGCUCGUUACGGAAAGAGCCCUUACAUCUACCCUCUAUACGGCCUGGGUGAGCUGCCUCAAGGCUUCGCUCGUCUCAGUGCCAUUUACGGUGGAACAUACAUGCUCAACGCGAACGUUGAUGAGGUCAAGUACGAGAACGGCAAAGUUUCGGGCAUCCGAGCAACCAUGAAAGAGCGGGACCAAGAAGGCGAGGGCAUGAAGUUUGAGACCAAGUGCAAGCAAAUCAUCGCCGACCCAUCAUACUUUACCGACAAGGUGAAGGUUACAGGAUACCUGAUCAAAGCGAUCUGCAUCUUGAAGCAUCCCAUCCCCAACACCGACGAUUCGGACUCGCUGCAACUGAUCAUUCCUCAAUCGCAAAUUGGCAGGAAGCACGACAUUUACGUUGCGAUGGUCUCCUCCACCCACAACGUCUGCCCCAAGGGCUACUAUAUCGCCAUCGUCAGCACCAUUGCCGAAACCGAUGCAAACCACCACCUCGAAAUCAAGCCUGGCCUCGAGCGCCUCGGCCCAAUUGAAGAGCAAUUCUUGGGCAACCCAACACCAAUCUACGAGCCCGUUACCGAUGGUACACAAGACCAAGUCUUCAUCAGCAGAUCCUACGAUGCCAGCUCGCACUUUGAGAGCAUGACAGCUGACGUCAGAGAUUUGUACCAGCGGAUCUCCGGCGAGGAGCUCGUGGUCGAGGGCCUUAAGAAGGAAGGAGCGAAUUUUGAGGUUAACGAAUAGAUUGUCGUGAUGUGCUGUUCUGCUGGAGGGAUUGCAGUUUGAUGUUGCCCAGCUUUGAUGAAGGGAGAUUGGACGCAGUACUUUGGAGGAAAGAAAGUCCGGUCUUGUUGUAGAAGAAGAAGAGGACACUGAUGAGGGUGUGCCGAAAUGAUUGAGGAUCACGAAGAGUUUAUACCACAACUACUACUGCUACUACCGAUAGUCAGAUAUGACAUGUCCAAGAAGGAUAUAGAAAGGCACAAGGAUCACAAUGUUGCAUGA